GAUAAGAACAAGUACGAAAUUCUAACAAGUGUGUGCAAGAGAUCCCAGAGUUAGACUCUCCCAGAAUUCUGAGAAUUCCGCUGAAACGUUACAGACCGGACACAGUGUUGCUAGCCUCAUCAUGACAUCGCAACCCAUGACCCAUGAGAAUAUUGUGAUCAUCUCAGCAAAUGGCAUCAAUUUCCCCCAAACAGAGAAACCCGUGUCAAACAACCAGAAGCAGGACAAUCUCUGGAAAUAUCUAAAGUCAAAUAUCAGAUGUAUUGGGAGUAUCCAAAUCAUGUGUGGAGUGAUCAUAUUGAGUUUGGGGAUCAUUUUGGUGUCUGCUCCAUCCUCUCCAUACUUUUCUAAAACAUUUUUCCCCCUGUUGAAGACUGCACACCCUUUCAUUGGAAGCUUGUGUCUUAUCAUCUCUGGACUUCUAUCCAUCAUCACGGAGCGAAAAACAACUAAAAUUUUGGUUCAAUGCAGUGUGGCUACAAAUAUUAUGAGCUCUUUAUCUGGCAUAGUGGGUUUCAUUAUCCUUUCCAUCAACCUGACUGCUUUGGGUCCUGUUACAUCGAAAUGCCUCCUGGAUGAAGAGAAUAAACCAAAAGAGACCCAUUAUUACCACCAUCAAGAAACUGAUUACUGCUCAAUGAGCAAAAUUAUUCUGACUGGAACUCUGUCUAUGAUGCUGAUUUGUACUGUGCUGGAGUUCGGCCUCGCUGCUCUCACUGCUACGGUGUGGUGGAAACACGCUCAGUUUGACUUUCCUGGGAGUGUGCGUUUCAUGCCCAAGGAUACAUUUUCACCAAAGGCAAGAUCUUCAUCUACAUAUCAAGAACUCUUAACUUAGGAAAUAAAGAAAAUUUACCCAGAAAUCUGGUCUUGAUGUGAAAACCAACCAAAGAAAACCAAACCAAGAAAGGUUUAAAUUCUCUUAAAUGUAAAGUUUUAUGUAAUGUAAGAUUAAAAGAAAAUAUUUUUGACCUUGAAUAUAUGUUGAAUGAUUUAAUAAUGUAAAGGGGGUUCUUGAUUUGUUAUAUACUGUUUUCUGUAAGAUCCCAGGAGUGCAAAUUACCAUUGACUAAACUGAUAAAAGAAAUCAUGUUAUUCCAAGAAAACUAGAUAAAAUAAUGAAGUAAAAGAAGCAACAUUUUCUUAUUCCCUUUAAUUGCCAAUAAGAAUUGAUUUUUUUGUUUAGAAUUUUACAGUAGAUUUUAUUGUUUUGUCUGUGUGUUUGACUCAUUAGUAUGGAUGGACAAGUGUCCAACAAUUAAGUCUUAGAAAUUAUGUGAAUAAUUAACUUUAAAAUAAAAUUUUUAUU